AUGCAAUUUAGUGACUGGGCUCAUGCCUUCCCUCGACCCCGAUUUAAUCGGGUCAUGAAGCCCCGGAGUGCAGGUAACAGCCCAUCUUCUGCCAGCAAGAGACGCACCACUACCCAGAGUCUCAUGCACGCCAUGCCGAGUCAAUAUCAUCCGUCAUCCUUGGGGGCUGCCCUUCUCGCCUCUGCUUACCGGAACUCUCGUCCGAUCAGUUGGCACCCCUCAUCGGCCAGGGCCCGAGGACUUUCGAACCCGUCCUGCAUGCCUGCCUUGACCUCGGGAAAUUUCGCCGACAUGAGUACGAUGUCGAAUCAAGUCAUGAACGGGCUGUCCCUCUACGGCCAAGAGAACAUGAUGUCCUAUCCCGUCUCCGCGGGGCCUGCUUACUCGCCUGACUACCUUUCUGCCUUUUCGGAUCUGCAGGAGCCCUUGCCUCUUUCUCAACAAACCCCCUCAUUGGCGAUGACUGGCUCGCAGGUCGAGCCCAUGGCAUGGGGCAUGCCGGCAACCAACUCCGAUCUUCAAACGAUGGGUCAGACUGCAUCUGAUGCCUGGUCCCUCGACAUGCUUUCGAUGGCCAACAACAUCCCGCCGGCGGAAACUACCUGCCCCAGCUACGUUAGUGUGCCAUCUCCGGGAGAAGUCAGCGGCCCCUCGACCCCAGACUUCCUCCCCAUUCAGCAAUUCGACUCCUCGCCGAUGCUCUCUCAGAAAGAGGGCAAGCCCGAGGAGGAACUGGUUGGUAUGGGUCUAUACAGCCAACCGAACAGCUCCCUGGGCCUCGCGCACCAGGGCGCUCUGGGCAAGGGUCUCAAACUGGAAGAAACGUUCUCGCCCUCGGACGAUGAGAAGGACGACAGCUCUCAGUAUGGCGAGGAUGAUGUAAUCGAUCCUGAACUCACGCAGCCAAGUUUUGAGGAGCCCUCUCCUCCAGCUCAGCAGUCAACAUUUCCCAUCUCGAAGCAGUCCUCCAAACAAGCCCUGAACCUCCUCCACAAAUCCUUCUUUUUCGAUCAUGACGACCUGGACCAACAAACAAUGACUGCGGCGCAGCCAUUUGCCACCUUGAACAAGCCCUGUAUGAGCUAUGGCUACGGGUGGAUCUGA